AUGGUGCACAAUCGCGAUCACACGAAUCGUACAGCUGAAUUAGAAAGCCAACUUAAAAAUUUACAAGAAGAAAAUGAGAGACUACAGCAAUUGCUACGUGCACAUGUUCGUAGUGUUGAUCCAUGUUCUAAAAUACCAUUAUCACAAAGUUUUCCGUUUUAUAAAGACAAUACACGGGAUGAUAACUGCUCAACUCUUCCUACAACUUCUAAAGUUGGCAACAAUUAUUCGAACGACGAUAAUCAAACAACGGCAACAACAAAUUCUAGUCCAAGACCUUCUUCCUCAUCGUCAAAUAAUGGCAACAGCAGUGGAAUCAAUUUUGAGCAUUCAGAUAUAACCCUUAAUCAGAAUACAUUGAAUACAACUAAUCAAACGUCGACUCAAAAUGUAAAUUUCAAUAAUUUAGGACCAACAAAUCAGCAAAACUAUGUUGGACAAACCGUUUUAGGUAGUCAAUCGAAUAUAACACCAAAUUUUAACACAGUAAUACAAACGAAUGCAACGCCAUUCGUUCAAAAUAAUUCCAACACAUUAGUACAAAAUAAUACAAAUUUAAUACAACCAAUUAAUUUAGUUAAUUUUAAUACUGUUAGUCUAGACUCAUUUCAUUCGAGUUUAAGUUUAAAUUCGUUUCAGCAAUUACAACAACACGCUGGUGGUAGUCUGUUUUUUGCACCAAAUGGAGUUGUUUAUGUUUCAUCAACAUCACAAAUUGGUUCAACAUCAACAACAACAAGCUCUGUGAUAAAUACAUGCAGUACUUCGACAUCAAAUAUAACAACAACAACACUUAAAAAUGAGAUUGCAGACUCUUUGUCUCCAUCAUUAAUUCAAAAAUCAUCAUCGCCAAAUUUAUCUGAUACGCAGGCGUCGUUUUCAAAAUUUAUUCAAAAUAAUUUUACCGACGCAAAUUCGACAUUUUCAAAUACACAUACUAUUUUACCAUCUUUAACGACGACGACUGCUACGACGAAUCAGAUCAAUGAACAAAAUACAUAUUAUAUUUGUCAACCAAAGCAACUAACUGAAUCUACUUUUACAAAUACAGUCUCACAUCCUUCUACAAAUUCAUCGUCAAUUAUGACCAAUACGCCAACAAUAACUACUACAACCAUAGCAUCGCAACCGAUUCGACCGAGACCGAUCGCAGUUUCAUCGACCAGUGAUAUUGACGGAAAAUCAACUGAUAUGCAUAUGUCAAAUGGAAAUUUAAAUAAUGAAGUUAAAGAUGAGUCUCCAGCAAAUAUGACAGGAAAUGAUGCUAAUGCAAAUAAACAAAAACAACCACGACCAAUAAGGCCUAAACCCUCUACCAGACCGAACGCUGUACAGGUUUACACACCAAUAAUUAUCAACGAUAUGAAACCCACCAAUUAUAUGCAGACAAAUAUUCAACCAAUUAGUAUGGCACAUCAAAUUCCCAUACUACCGUCUAAUACACAAUCGAACACGUCGAAUUAUGGUACACCACUAGUCGUUCAUUCCAGCAGCCAAUCUUUAUCGACUACGACGGCAAGCCUUCCAGCACUAUCACCGCCAAUAGAAAAUUCUAAAACAACAAGUUUACUGCCGUUUGAAUCAACAUCGGCAAAGUUGAUACCCACUACCAAUACUAAUAACAGUAAUAUUGCUACCACUAUAAACAACACGUUAAUCCGACCAAAAUCGGUUGAUGUUAGCAGUUUAUCAACAGUAACAUCGAAUAAUUCAAAUAACAUUUUAACAUCAAAUUCUUUAUCAUCAAUGUCGAAUAAUUCAUUGCCGACAGCUAUAAGAAACUCAACACCAACAACGACGAGCACUUCCUCAUGUAAAAUCAAAAAUGGAAAAGUACCGCGCACUCGUACGGGUUCGACAACAUCGAGUCGUCGAAAAAAGGCAACUGAUAUUAGUAAUGUUACCAACAUGACAACGACAUCAGAAUCACAAUUAUUACCGAUACAACCCAAAACAUCGGCACCUGCACUUGUUCAAAUAGCACCGAAUCUACAACGAACGCUUAGCACAUCGGGUAUGCGUCCAUUAGCACCUGCUAUACCCGGUACAAAUCAACAACGAUCAUCGAUGUCUAAUACAACAGUAACAGCAAGUAAGAAAAAUUCAAAAAAGAAAAAUCCAUCGAAUUCUACAAAACGUUCGAAAACGAUCGUUCAAUAUCAUAAUGAAAGUGUUCUAUCGACUAAUGCUGCUGCUAAAACGUUUCAGACAAAUCCUCUUGUACCAUCACGUCCGUCUUCUGUACAAGAUUCAUCUAACAUGCUUUCACCUAUUCAAUCAACAGUUACACCUACACGACAGCAGGAUCAGUCACCAUUAUCUCAAAAUCAUUUACAAGAAGAAGCUGCAAAAAUAUUUCAAAAAUUAAACCAAGAUAUUUUAUCGACAAAUUUAAUUUUACCAGAAGAACAACAAAGUGUUAAUCUAUUGUUGACUGAAGAAGGAUCAAAAGACACAUCAGUCUGUCUUCAACAUCAACAAUCAUGGACAUCUUAUUCAGCACAGCAGAGUGUUGAAUCGUGCUCAUCUCCAAGUACAAUGGCAAAAACUCGCCAAAGUCUUAAUCAGAUUGAUGUUCGACGUAUCAUUACAAGUUCAUUAUGUGAAACAAAUAACAUUCUCACACCAUCAUCGAAUAUUCUUCAACAACGAACAACAGAUGCCACGUUUCAAACAAUAUCAAAUAAUCAUCGGCCCAUUCAAGUACACAAUAUUUAUUCUCAAAGCAUGUCUACGAGUAGUAUGCCAACAUUAGACGAAUUUUUUAAUUCAAAUGAACAUGUUGGAGAUUUUGAAAAUUUUGAUGUUGCAGCAUUAACAGAAACAGAAGGUUUAAGGAAUGAUUAUGGUGUUAGCGAUCAAUUAAACAUUUUAUCAGCUACAACAACUGCUGAUACAUUAAGAGCAGAAGUAAAUAAUAUGAAAAAGCUUGAUAGUAUCGUAAACGAAAAUGCUAAUUAUGCAGGAAAUGAUGUUGAAAAUGGAUGUGAAGACGAUGGCGUAGUUGAUGAUGAUGACGUAAUUAUAAAUUCUUUUAGUGAACAAUCAUUUGAAGAAUUGGUCGAACAUUUUGAUCUUGAAACAGUUAAAGCAACAUUUAAUCAGUUGGCUGUUGAUAAUAAUGAUACAACAUUAGCUAGUUUAAUAGAGACGGUGAACGAUGAUACAUCCAUUGUUGAUAAAGAACAAGAACAGCAUAUCGAACAGUUUUUACAAGGAUUUCACGGAACAGAUAAUUUGUUACAAUUAACAGCAAACGAUAAUUCAAUGUAUUAUUUUAGUGAUCAUCAGUCUAAUUUUAACAAUCAUCAUCAAAAAACGUCUUUAAUGAACAAUAGUAUAUUAGUGACAACCGUUCCAUUGCAGACAACUAUCGAUUAUACCACAUCAUUCCAGCCAACAACAUGGUAUAGUUCAACGACUCCGACUACUCGUCUGAUGCCUGACGAGGGAACACAACUAAAACCAAUUAACAUUGAACCAUUAGCAUUUCAAGAAAUUCUCAACGAUUUACAGCGGUCAGUUCAACCUGUUAUCCAUCAGACGUUGUAUUCACAACAACAUCAACCGUCUCUCACUUCUUCCCCACAAGAUGCAAAUAUUAUCUCUCAGGAUUUUCCUUACUUAAUACCAUCAACUAAUAUUCAGCCGGCUAUUAUCAAAACACCAUUAGCAAAUUAUUCAUCGUAUAUGGGACCAACCACAACUCCACCAACUAUUUUGACUGUACCAUUAUUAAUAGGAAACGAAUCAAUAUCAAACUCAGAUCAAAUUAUUAUUCAACAAGAAUCAUCAUCUGCCACAUACAAUAUCGAUAAUCUAGAUAUACAAUUGAGUUAUUUUCAAGAACAACAAGAUCUUUUACAAAAACAAUUGGAAGAAUGUCAAACAUUAGAAUUUCAUGCGAAUCAAUUAGAUCUCAAUGAGUUAAGUGCCACUUCUAUUGAAGUAAACACUGAAGUACAACAACAAAAUGUAUCGGUUACAGAUUCCAUAAAUCAUCUUGCCAAAGAACAAACAUUAUCGCCAUUACAGCUCGUACAAUCAUGUUCAUUACAAUCAUCUCCUAAUUACCGUUUACAAUCACCAAAAUGUCGUAAAUCACAUAACAAAUUUAGCUCACCUUUACCGCGACCCUCUUCUCAGCCAGCACCGCUCACAUCGAAAUAUUUGUACACUGAUUCACCACUAAUCAUAUCAGAAUUAACAUCAUCCUCUCCUAAUAAAAUUUUCAAUCAAGAACAAUCGGCUACUGUAACAAUGGAUGAAAUGAAUUUUGGUUGGUCAACAAACGAUAAGAAAAAACAAACUUCAUCAUUCGAACAAUUAUCUGUUAGUCAAACUUCAACAGAUGCUGACGUCUCUUUUUUUGAACAACAGUGUUAUGAUAAUCAAAAUCAGUUGCUAUUAUCAGGAACAGUAACAAUACAAGCUGAUUUUACUGAAAAAAACGAAUCAGGAACUCAAACAUUUAAGGAAAAUUCUGAGAAUUUGUUUGAGACUAAAAAUAAAGAUUUAUCUUCAUCAGAUAACGAAGUUACAAUGUUACCUAUGACAUUCGAUGCUGAUUCAUUUUCGUCACCCUAUCCAAUGGCUACAUCUAAUUCGACCAUACAUAAUCGGUCUCAAUAUUACAUUGAUCGUAAAGAAUUGUCAACUCCCAUUCGUUUAUCAUCUACAAUGAAAACAACAACUCAAGGAUUACCUGCCUUUGCUCAACCGUCAUUAUCUUCGAAACAACACGCAAUAAGUUUAAAUUCAUCGUGUACAUUAAUCGAUAUUGAUUCUUUAUUAUCACCAACAAAACAGAACGAUCUUGCUAAAACAACAUUAUUUGAAAGAGAUAAAGACGAUGCUGAUGACAUAGUAUCAUAUUCUCCUAUUUCUGAUACAAUGGAUGCAUCCGUGUUUGCUCAUCAUACAGUAGCUAGUUCACCAGUUUCAUCACCAUUACCUGUUUCAACACAAUCAGCAUCGUCAACAGUUAUGCAGCCAGUUCCUUCACAAGUAUCAAACAAACCCUGUAUUAUAUUUGAGCCAAUAUCAUCACCAUCAAGUGCAUCAUCACCGAAUCAUUCGCCAUUGAAAUACAGUAGCAUAAGUAGUAACUGUGACGAUGAUAAUAACGAUUCACCACAUCGUUCCAUACUUUGUACAGCAUUUUUAAAUAAUACAACAGAUGUUAUGCUACCCUUAUUAUCAACAGUUGAUCUGAGUAAACCAAGAAAUGAUAAAAAUAAAUUAUUUUUUACAAAUUCUGAAAAUGAUAAAUAUCCAACGCUUGAAACAGUGGAUAACGAUGGAAUUUUAAUCGUUGAAGAAACGGGCAAAAUAACGGAUACAUAUACAAAACGAAUAAGUUUUGAUCAAAAUGGAUCUGGUUUAAAUAGUGAUGAUGAUUUAGAACAGUUAUUAUUAGAAUCCAAUUUACAACCUCAACAAUGUAAAACUGAUGACGAAAUUCUUGAUUUAACUAAUACUGUUAUCGAAACACAAGGAGUUAUUAUGGAUAUUUACUCAAAACCAACGAUUAGUUUUUCUCUUGAUGAUCUUGAUUCAUUAGUCGAUCAACUAGAAAAUGAUAAACCUAUUGAUGAAAUAACGAGUUUAAAAAGGAAAUCAAUAUCGACUGCUCCAUCACUCAUUUCACUAUCGGAUGAUGAAAAUGAACAUUGCUCAUCAGCUACCAAGAAACGUCGUUUAACAAUACGAUCCAGUACGGAAUCAGUUAAACGUUUAUCUUUUCCACUGAUGGAUAAUUUUUAUAGUCCAGUAUCGAUGGACGAAAAUGAACAUGAACAAAUAACAACAAGUACCGUGAUAAAUAAACAUCAGUUAUUAGAAAAUAUUUAUUUACGUUAUCGUCGUCAACAUUUUAUUAAUCAAGUAAGAAGUGUCAAUUUGAGUAUUGUUAGUCUUCGUAAAACAGAUUCUCAACAUGGUGAAUUAGAAGUUGAAUUAGUUCCAAAUUCAGACUAUCAAUCAUUAAUUUCAACGAAUGGAAAGAAAGAAAACGAUGGCCAACAACAGUUAAUUGACCCAAUCAUUGAACAAAAACAAUCAUCACCGGCAACUAAGCUAAUUGAACAAAUUCUGAUGUCACCUAACGAUGAUGUAAUAUUUAUACGUGAACAAAAUUCUACGUUUAAAGAAGAAAGAAAUCGAAAAAUGAAAAUUUCACCAAAAAAUGAUGGAAUACCAAAUUAUGAUGUGGAAUUAGAUGAACAGUGCACAAGUUCACCACCCAUCAAACUGAAAUAUAAACAGGAAAUGAUGCAUAAAACAACAAGCAGUUUAGAAUCAACAACAACAAUCAACAACAAAAAUCGUUCUAAACAAGCCAAUGUUAACGAUAUAAAUUGUUCAGUGCUGCAUGAACAAAAAGAAAUAAAUACAGUUAAAAGUGAUAAACAAUUGAAUAAGAAACAGACGUCAUCGAGAAAGCGAGACGGUUUAAGUCAUAAAAAACGACGUAACGCUGAUAUAAUGAUGCUCAGUGAAAACUUAGCUUCUUAUAAUAUUCCUGCUCAAGUAGUGGAAACAGAAAAAGAACAACAAUCUGAAGACCAACCGUUAAAAACCGAUUUAAAUAUCUUUGAUUUAUGCUUAUCUGAAAACCAUGACAAUAAAAUGACAGAACUAAGCAAAACAUUGACAGAUCAAUUAUCAUUGAAUAACUGUGUAAAGCAUCGUUCAAAAAAAUCAAAUAGAAAACAUCAUCAUCAACAGGAAAUUACAGAUAAUCAAAACGAAUCAAGCAGUAGAGAAUCAACAAAUUAUGAUGAAACUGUCAAAUUUACAAUAACUCCGUCACUAUUACCUAGUGAAUAUAGCGAACGGCCACCUCUACGCAUAACAAUUCGAAAGAAAGAAACACAACCACGGCCAUCAACAAGACAUGGUCCAUCAUCAACAACAACCAUGGCUGAAAUAAUUCAUGUUGAACAUCCUGAUUGUAAUUUAGGAACAGUAUUAACUUCAUCAUCACUACCAAAAACAAUAAAGAAAAGAUCAAGAAGUAAGAAAUAUAUGGCCAGUGAAACAAAUGAGACUGCUCAUAUUCAAACAAAAAAUCAAGAUACGCUACUUAGUGAACCAGAGACUCAAAGUCAAUCUGAUUUUCACGCCACAAUCAGUGUAGAUGAUGAAAAAACUUCAUUAGAGUCCGAAACGCCUAAAGGUUCGAAAACAAAAGUGAAAAAAUCUAAAAAAUCUCGGCAUCGACGUGCUAGAACUAAUCGUAGUCAACAGUCAAAACGUUCAACAAAAACAAAAGAUCAGUUCGAGAAUGAAGACGAUAAACAGAUAACAACUGAAUAUGCUGGAUUGACAAGAUUUGAAGCACAAAUGUUCAAUUGGACUCAAAAAACGAAUCAACAACAACCACAACAGCAUACGGUUGAACAUGAUGAUACAAAUGUAAAUAACAGUGAUAGUGAUGUGAUAUUGAUUAAUUCUCCCGUAGGAUCACCUUUGAUACAACAACAUAAAGUCAGGUUAAAAGAGGAAUUGAAAAUGAACAAUGAUACUAAAUCAUCUCCGAUCAUUGACGCAUCGAAUGAACAACUGAUUGAUACUACUGCUGCUACUGUUGAUGUAGAGGCAAAGAAAGGAGAUAACAUAUCAGAAACAAAAUUUGAUGAUGGUAUCGAAAAAGAAGUGUGUUCAAAUAGCAAUGAUUCGAAGCUAAAUUCGCAAGAAAAAACAAUAUCUCGUACAAGCACACCUCAAACACAAAUAUUUUCGGAAACAUCUGUUUCUGUUGCUUCUCCGGCGCAACUGUUACCACCACCGCCUCUGAUUCAGAUUGAAGAUAAUCAUUGCCAAGAAUUACCAUUAACAACAUCAGCGUGUAUUGCAGCAUUUCCAGCUACUCAACAUUCGUCUGUCUCUGAUAAAUUAUUAACUAACUGUGAUAAACGUUUAAAUGAUGAGUUAACGGCGUUAGCCACAAACCAAAGUAGACAUAAUGACAUCGAUAAUUUUGUAUAUCAUCCACAUCCGAAACAAAAAGCAAAAAAUUACCCUCGUCUAUUAGAUACUGCACAUUUACCAAUAUCAGAUCUAACACCGCCACCAUCAUUACCAAUGGACAACACGAGAUUAGAAUAUGGCAUUAAAAAUAGUUCGUAUUCUGAAUUACAAACAUCAUCCCAUGGAAAUUAUUGUAGUUUUGUCAAUAAAUCGAAGUCACCAUCUAAAACAUUCAGAUCUCUCUCUCCAAAUAAAAAAUCAUCGCUGCAAUCAUCCUCAUCUCAUCGCGAUAUUAACAAUAAAACUUCUCAUAAUAGCAAUCAUUCUUCCACCUCACAUAAAUCCUCAUCUAACAGAUCAUCGGGUAAAAGAGACCAUAUAUCUAAUUUAGAUAACAGUUAUCAUCCUUUUUCUCCAGAGCAACAGCAACAGCCUUCAUGUCGUUUUUCGAAAUCAAAAAGUAACUCAAAUUAUUAUAAUCCGUUUCCAAAUCCUUUUUCAUUACCCAACGAUAUAGCAUCGUCUUAUUUCACUAAUGAUCUUGUGCAAAGUGCUGCAAUUGCUGCUGCCUCUCAACAACAACAUCCAAAUAAUAAUAAUCACAACAACAGCAGUAAUCGUCAAAAUAAUAACAAUAAUUACCGUCAUUCACGAAAAAAUCAAACAUCAUCGCACCAUCGGAAAACAUCAAAUGAAACAUCAUCACGUAAUCCAUUUUCUAGUCAUUCACGUUCAUCUUCAUCCCACAUGACUGGUCCACCACAUUCAUUCGAACAGCAUUCACAGUACAAUCCAUCCAUGACCACUGAUUUUCAUUCAUCACAUCAUUUUCCACCACGAGCACUUAUGGACGAACAGAAUAUAGCUGCAACAAUGUACAAUGCAGCUGCAUUUCAAGCCGCCGCAUUUGGUUUUAAGUCUCUUAAUGAUACUCAAUCAUCGCCAGAUGUUGAUGCAUUAUUUCAUCAUCCAUCAAUGAAAUUUGCUCAUAAUCAUCAUCCAUAUCCAUUGUUAGCUUCACACCAUCAUCACUCAUCGAUGCGAGCAGCUGCACAACAAUUCAGUUCUGGUUUUAUGCUUUUCCACAUAGUAAGUCCUUUAACGGGUUCAAAAGCCACAAUCAUCACAACAGACACAACAACUCCAGACACAGUACCUGUUCUCAUUCAAUCGUCACACCGUGUUCGUCAAACUGCGUUAUCAGAAAAAAAUCAAUACGUUGCUGCUGUAACGUCACGAAAACGAGCAUUUCCUUAUCAUGAUGUCAAUGAAACAAUUUAUCAAUCACAUCGGCGUACACGUGAACGUUUAACAAAAGGAUUAAGACAUUUCAGUAAAAAAGUCUGUAAUAAAGUUCAAGAAAAGGUGGUUACAACCUAUAAUGAAGUUGCUACUGAAUUGGUCAAUGAACAUUCAGUGGAAGAAGGGCGACAUAUCAUGGAUGAUGAUUUAGCCUAUGAGCAAAAAAAUAUUCGUCGGCGUGUGUAUGAUGCCAUUAAUGUUCUUAUGGCAAUGAAUAUAAUAUCAAAAGAUAAAAAAGAUAUUAGAUGGAUCGGAUUUCCUGUCAAUGCAUUAUUUGAAUGUGAAGUAUUAGAUAACAAAAUAAAUGCAGUAAAACAAUCUAUUCGAGAAAAAGUUCGACUAGUAGAAGAAUCAUUGUUAAAGGAAGCAGCAUUAAGAAAACUUGUCAAACGAAAUUCUGAACGUUCUUCAACGCAAAGUUUAAAUAGUGUUUGUUAUUUACCAUUUUUGGGUUUUACAACAUCGAAUGGCACUCAAAUUGAAUCAAUAAUAUCAGAAGACGGUCGUGAUGUAUUUCUUAGUUUCGAUCGAAAAUUUGAGAUUAUUGACGAUACAGAUUGUUUACAUCGAUUGGGUUUAACUGACGAAUUACGUGGACGAACAAGUGAUAUGGCAGAAUUAGAAAAGACUCGUUUAUUACUACCAGAAACGUUUCAUGAUUUUGUAACUGAAAUGUGUCUUGCUGGAAAACUUCGACCUUUAUAUGAACGAUCGAACACUAGUUCAAAUACAAAACGGCCACAAUCUCACACACAACAACAGAUCAUAAAAUCAUCACCUCUCAAACCUACCAUGGAACCUCAAUUACCUCCACCUCUAAUUUUUGUUCCUCCAUCAUGUUUUGAUGAGGCAAUGUUUAAAGAUGAUGAACAAGAAGAAGAAUAUAUUGUCGAUGAUGAAGAAGAUGACGAUGUAUUAUCAUUAUCAUCAGAAGAAGAAAUAGACAACGAACAACAACAAGAAUCUGAAAGUUCAUUUUCAAAAACUAAUCGUGUUGAACCUGAUACUCAUACGCUUAUCACGGCGAAAACAUAA